ACUGCUUGCCUGUUUUCCGAUGUGCAUAUGUUGUUAAGUUCUUAUAUACCAGCAUCUGGUAGUAGGUUGCAUCCAAAUGUCCAAGAUAGACCAUGGCGUAUGUGCUCCGCACAUCGUCCCCAGCGAUGCAAUAGGCAACUUGAAUUUGACUUCCAUACUGCGAACGAUGAACGCUUGAACGUUCCAAAGCCUCAGACAGAAUUAUGCAUUGACAUGAUAGGAUGGAAACCCGCCCAAUUACAAGAUCUAUGCCCUGAUUCCACGAGUGAUCACAUCGUUAUGCAAGUGCCGAAAGUUGAGGAUAUUCUGCAUGUGAAGGUAGAAGAUGUCAUCAAACAACAACAAGAUACUUCUUCAGUACUUGACCGGAUUUAUACCCAAGUAUACCUUCCGCGCGAGGAUCGAGAUCCCGAUGUUCUAGAAAGGUGCAUUGCUCACCUUCAGAAUCGUCGAGCUUCGCACGUACCGCAUAAUUCCAAUGUGUACGUCGAGCAAUAUUUCCACAGUCAUUGUCUCCUGGCACUGUACGAGAUGCGUAUCUCAGCACGGUUUCGCGAUCCACUUACGCUGGAUGUAGCAAUUCGCCAGCUUUCCGAAGCACUCCCUGUAUUACGCCUUGGGCAUCCUUUCGUAACCAUGGAAGCAUUAAGUGCUUUGGAGGAGGCCCACAAGAUGCGUGGAGAGCCGGAAGACCUGCAUUUCAGUGCUUACUAUGCCGAGGAAGCAUCGCGUUUGUCUAAACAGGGACACAUUCUUUUGGACGAUGGAUCUUAUUCAAAGACCAUGGAAGCGUACCGCCAGUUUAUCCUUGAAAGACGUAAUAACCAGCCCGGCUCGCAGCGUCAGCGUCUGGGCAGGAUGCUUUACAAUGUCAUCGGGAGAAAGGACGAAGGGCCCAGCCAGUUUGUAAAACAUUACUGCGCGAGCGACGCCGGCGAUGGCUCUCGUAGCGAGUCAAUGGCUCCAAACAUACCCAGCAAUUCACAAACCAGGUCUCUCCCAUCGCUUUGUGAUGCCAUUCUAACACAUUUACAUGACCCAGCAUUGCCACAUCAUCAGAACAGCCAACAGACAUCUGUAUACCCAAUACACCCAAGCAUCUCCGAUUCGCUCGACAAACGUCGUAAUUUAUUUCGCUUUUUCCUCGCACGAGGAAAUUUCCUACGGAUGUGGUUCAUGGAGGAGUCGGGUGACUGGGAGAUCCUCGAUGACGCCGUUACGAUGCUGGAGGAAGCUGCAGUCCUCGCGUUUCAAUUUGAGGAUGAUGAGCCGGAUGCAAGGGGCCAGAUUAUGGAGGAUCUCUGUGAAUGUUAUUUGAUUCGCAUUCAUGGAGGAUACCGGUCUAAUGGUACCUUGUCUGACGAGGAGAAACGAGCUUGGACUGAGAUGGCAAUAACGUUGGAGACUAUGAUGAAGACUGAUGGGACAGACGUCGACGGCCGAAUGGCGUUGCAAUUAUUCUCACUUGCUACCCUAUAUCUCAAGAUCUAUCCAGAUCUCCAACAUGCUGCUGACAUUCGUGACUUACAGGAGAAGUGGUUGGAAGCAUCGCAUCUCGAAAAGUUGAUCGUUUUGGGUCAGAAGAAUCUCUCCAAUGAUGGCCACGUCCCCUCCCUUCCUCAAGUACUUGCACAGCUCCGUAAGUUGCGUUACAUGUCCUCGGGCGAUGAGAGCGACGCACUUGAAUGGUACAACUUAACGUUGCAAUACCUGGAGAACAGAAGGACUCUUCCGAAGAAGCUGGUCAGACAUGAUCUUGCCGAACUGUAUUUGGAACUACGCACGCCUUUCCACAACGCAGAUCAAGCCCUGAACAUUCUCCUCGAAGAUCUCGGCGAUCAGUCUCUACCCGUACCCAUUCGACUUCGAACCGCUUGUAUGGCCCUUCCGAAGCUCAUACAAACAACGGAUCAAUUGACCAAUGGACUUCUGCUGACAGAAUACCUUUGUCGGGCAGUUGCGUUGCUUCCAGAAGCCUCCCAGAUCGGACAAGCAAUCGAGACCUACCUUGAUAUCUCUCGAGAGGCCGACAACCUUCUAAACUACGCUAUUUCUCAUGUGCUUAAGAUCAGGGGCAUAAUGGCUUCGAUCCAUCUACUUGAACAAGGAAGAGGGACCUUCUGGUCCAGAGUUCAUCAAAUCCAUUCGUUGACAACCACACUCGUAAAGGAAGAUCCAAAAGAUGAACUGAAGAUUCUUUGUACAUGGCUGGAGCACAAAACAUAUGGCUCACCCCUUGAAGCUGAACGGAGGUUGGACGUCAUCGGCGAACAUUCGCACAGACGGCUUCUCAAAGCCCAGUUGGAAGAACGGCUACCCGAAAUUCGUCAGAAACCGGGGCUCGAGUAUUUUCUACUUUCGGAGCGAUUUAAUGAACAGGACCUCUCGGAACUCGCAGCUCGUGUACAGGGUUGGAUUGUUGUACUACUUGCAAGUUCGGAAGUGAACCAGGAGAAGCUGGAAGAGAUGGGCAGGAGUCUUAAAGUGUCUCUGGAAAACCUCAGAAAGUUUGCAGACUCAAAGAGUAGCGACGACGGUUCAACAAUUUACGAAGGCAUAACGGAGUACUAUCGAUAUGCACCACAGCCAAGUCCGGGUCGUGCUGGUCGAAUAGCGACAUCCGAUGGAUGCGACCCUUGGGAAGUUAUUGAAUGGCUAUGGAGAAAGAUAGCCAAACCAGUCAUAUCGUGUAUGAGGAUCACUCUGGCGGACGGGAGGGAUCGCCCUCGCGUGUGGUGGUGUUCUACUGGAUAUUUUUCAAUGCUCCCAAUACAUGCAGCUGGCCUCAAAUCGGGUCCAAGCUGUUCCAAUUAUGUCGUAUCAUCAUAUACACCAACCCUUCGUACUCUCCUGAAUGCAUUUCGAGAGAUGGCACCAGUUCGACGCGAUAACUGUCAAGUCUUACUGGGAGCCGUUCCCCGUCCCUUUGUAGGCUUACCUCUCCCGAAGACUAAGGAGGAGGUAGUUCGUAUCAGUAAGGUCAUACCUGAGCAUGCCAAGCUAUUCAUGGACAAGGACGAUGUUUCUUGCGACCCUAAUGCCUUAGGACUGUCGUGGCUUUCGCUCUCAAUUGGGCUGCAAACUGGGAGUAUUUUGCACCUGGCAUGUCACGGAAGGCAAAAUCCAACCUACCCAUUAUACAGUGGCUUCAUCUUACGAGAUAGAUUCGCGACUAUCAGAGAACUCAUGCGUAUUCCCGCACCAUCCGCUUUCUUUGCAUUUCUCAGUGCUUGCGAGACAGCACAGGGGGCGGAGGACCGUCCUGAUCAGGCCGCACACCUUGCGGCUGCGAUGUUAUGCCUUGGAUUCAAAAGUGUAGUAGGGACCAUGUGGUCCAUGAGCGAUGCAGAUGGACCCGAAGUUGCUGAGACAGUAUAUCGAGCGUUGUUCUCUGGUACAAGCGAGAUGCUUGACCCGAACACAAUACCGUAUGCACUUGAUGAGGCUAUGUGCAAGCUGCGUGAGGGUGGUGCUUCCCCUAUCCGUUGGGCACCGUAUAUUCAUAUGGGCAUUUAAACAACGGUUGACUCGUCUUGUCGUAGCUUUCCUAUCAUCCCUUCCUGAACAGUGCGAGAAAUUAAGGUUACAUUGUUGAGGGCAAGCGUCUUGUGUGGCUCCGGUCCUGCUACUACCAUCCUGACCUACAUAUGAGCGUUGUCAUAAUAUAGAAAGACGAUUAAAUGGGUAUAACGUAAAUCCAAAGUUGUCUACAUCG